AUGGCGGAAAUCUUAAACAUCCAAAAACCAAUAAUCUUCGACGAAUCGAUUUCUCACUAUGAGGUUCAUUCACAUCAACCUUAUGCUUCAACAACAUUUAAUAAUAGUGAUGAAAUAAGAAUCAGUAUUCAACAUCAAGAUUUAUGCAUUCUACCGAGUAAGAGUUCUUUACACAUUUGUGGGAGAUUUACUAAAGAAGAUGGCACUGCUGUUAGUGAAACUAUGGAGUUGGUUAACAUGGCCAUUUGUCACAUGUUUGAAGAAAUACGCUACGAAUUGAAUGCUAUCGAAAUUGAUAGAUGCAAGAAUGAUGAAAUUACAAGUCUAAUGAAGAAUUAUAUAUUUUUAACUCCCGGACAGGCUAAUUUAAUGGAAAACGCCGGGUGGUUAGAAACUGGUGAUAAAUUGACUAAUGGUGACGGAUAUUUUGAUAUUUCUAUACCGCUGAGUUUAUUACUUGGAUUCGCUGAAGAUUACAAUCGGAUUAUUAUGAAUGCUGAGCAUGAAUUAAUUCUUAUAAGAUCAAACACUGAUAUUAACUCAUAUCUACAUACACCUGCUGCUCGAGAGGCUGCUGAAAAAGUUAAAAUACUUCUUAAUAAAGUGGAAUGGAAUGUACCAUACAUUACAAUGUCCCAUAAACAGAAGAUUCAAGCACUCAGUUUUAUCGCAAAUGAUCCAGCUAUUCCAUUAAGCUACCGUACAUGGCAAUUAUAUGAAUAUCCACUACUUCCGAAAACAACAAAACAUGUUUCGCCUAUCAAAACUUCGACGCAAUUGGAGAAACCACGAUACUUGGUUCUAGGAUUUCAAACUGCAAGAAAAAAUGUUGUGACGAAAAAUUCCAGUCACUUUGAUCAUUGUAAUAUCCGAGAUGUAAAAGUUUUCCUCAAUUCUCAAAGUUAUCCAUAUGGAAAUUUGAAUCUAAACAUUAAUCGCAAUCAGUAUGCUUUAUUGUAUGAUAUGUAUACUAAUUUUCAAACGUCAUACUAUAAUAAAGAGCCGGAACUAUUGUUAACUAAAGCAGGAUUUUUGGAAGAAGCACCUCUCUACAUUAUCGAUUGUUCAAAACAAAAUGAAUCAAUCAAAUCUGGACCAGUUGACAUUCGUGUUGAAUUUGAAUCAAAUGAUCAGUUUCCCGAUCAGACAUCAGCAUACUGCUUAAUUCUACAUGAUCGUAUUAUUGAAUAUAAUCCAUUAAGUAAUACUGUAAGAAAAUUAACUUAA